AUGCUUAAAUCUUAUGCACAAUCAAAACUAUGCUGUGGUCACAAUAUACCAGCGGACAUUGCCUGUCGUCAAUGUGCUGAGACAACAGUAGAUUAUCACAAUCGUCCUCUUUAUGCGCCAAUGUAUAUUCCUCUCAAUGAAAUGAAUUCAGCUAUCGACAAUUCGACAUUACAAUUGCCAACAACAUUUUAUGUCCCCGUUAAUAAACAGAUGUUAAGCACGAACACGUUUCAUACACGAGACGAAUGUGUUGAAAUAAAUACGAAUAAAGGUAUUGUUCGAUUGCCCCGAUCAUCAAUUGUUCAACGUAAUCAACUACCAAAUAAUUGUCAUGAAUUUCCGGGCGAUUUUAAAAAGCAUGCACAUCGUUUUGCAAGAAGUUUUGGAUGGCGAACAAAACAAGAUAUUGCUUAUCAAACGAUGGCUCCAUUGCCAAAAUUAGUUAAAAAACCGGGUUAUGUUGAAAUUUGUUGUAAAAGUAAAUAUAUUUUCAACUUAUUUGAAAAGUGA